AGCACUGUCACUUUUCCCAGAUGGUGACAAUGCUGAUCCUGAUCCUGCUGCCCGUGGCCUUUCUCCUGCCCCCCGGGGCUGGGGCUGGUGAGAUCAUUGGGGGCCAGGAAGCCAAGCCCCACUCCAGACCCUACAUGGCCUAUCUGAAAAUACAACGCAGAUGGAAUACUUGUAUCUGUGGCGCGUUCCUGGUGGCAGAGAACUUCGUGCUGACGGCCGCUCACUGCAAUGGAGACGAGAUCACUGUCAAGCUGGGAGCCCAUAACAUUAGAGAACGGGAACAGAGCCAACAGAAAAUCUCUGUGCGCCGCAGGAUCCCCCACCCGCAGUACAACGAGACAACCCUGAACAAUGACAUCAUGCUGCUGCAGCUGGCAGACAGAGCGAAGCUGAACAGAUGGGUGGAUACCAUCGCCCUGCCCAGUGCCAGCGAGACAGUAAAGCCAGGGGCCAUGUGCAGCGUCGCCGGCUGGGGCGGCACUAGCACAGAAAGUAAAUUGAAACCAGACAAGCUCCAGGAGGUGGAUGUGGUGGUGAUGCCAGAUGCCACAUGUCUGAGGAAUCCUAACAUGAAAUACCAGCUCUAUAAUGCCUCCACCAUGAUGUGUGUGGGGGAUCCAAAGACGCGCAAAGACUCUUGGAAGGGUGAUUCUGGAGGCCCCCUAGUGUGCGGGAAAACAGCCCAGGGCAUCGUCUCCUGGGGGCUUCGCGCCCCUCCUGGGGUGUACACGAAAGUCUCCACCUUCAUCCCCUGGAUACGGGAGACAAUGAAGAGGCUGCAGCCCUGAGCCAAGCCGGGAAUAGCUGCAGGGGCCGGAGCUGCGUCGCUUCUGUGCUUUGCUGAUGCCCAGAUGUAGGGCCUGUUUUGCAGAUUGGCUGAGCCCCCCUCUCCCCAAGAUACCCCCCCCCAGCCAUCGCUGCACUCAGGCUGUGCCCAGCCCAUGAGCAUCAAGGCACAGAGCCUAGGGGAGUUAGGAACCAGGUUGAAGACCAGUUCCAUCGGCUCCCUUGGCAAUCCCAAUGCAGAUCCUCAGGCUGCGUCUUCACUAGGGAAACAGCUGGUUUAUUUCACCUGGGGUAACAGACACGGUGAACCCUGGGGCAGACCCGGUGGUUUGUAGCUCUCCCCAAGUCAGCUGGUCGAGUGACCAUUUAUUGAGGGAUCUUCAUUGUUACCUGACCUGCUAAAGCCUGUGAAAAUUGCACCCUGACCUGUCCUCACUGGACCUAUCCCACGUGUUAGUUCAUCGGGCUGGCCACCGCCAUUCCAAACACACCUGUUCCCAGCGCUGGUGAGGCCAGUGGGAAAGAAACGCAGAGAAGGCUGCACUGAACUGAUUGCAGGUCAAUCCCCGGUGCUGAUCCCUCCUUCCCACCUUCCCUGCCCCACCCUGCCACGCGGCCUGCUGCAUUUCGCUCACUGCUCCAUUGCCAGCAAUGAAUAAAAAUGAAGUUACAAAAAAAAA